UGGACUGUGCCUACAUGACUAAAGUAGAGUUGGAAGCCAAGGUGGGAGCUCUGACAGAUGAAAUCAACUUCCUGAGGUGCAUCUAUGAGGAGGAGCUGGCUCAGAUGCAGACCAUCAGCCGGGACCUGUCCGUGGUGGUGUCCAUGGACAACAACCGGCACCUGGACCUGGACAGCAUCAUCGAGGAGGUCAGACGCCAGUAUGAACAGAUCGCCCAGAACAGCAGAGCUGAAGCUGAGGCUUGGUACCAGAGCAGGUAUGAAGAGCUGCAGAACACUGCUGGAAGGCACGGGGACAGCCUCCGCAACACCAAGGUUGAGAUCCAGGAGCUGACCAGGAACGUGCAGAGGCUGCGGGCUGAGAUUGAGAACGUCAAGAAGCAGAACCAUCAGCUGCAGUCAGCAAUUGCUGAGGCCGAGGAGCGGGGUGAGAUGGCCCUGAAGGAUGCCAGGAGGAAACUGGAAGAGCUGGAAUGUGCCCUGAGCAAAGACAAGGAGGAGCUGGCUCGCUUGUUGAAGGAGUACCAGGAGCUGCUCAACAUCAAGAUUGCCCUGGACGUUGAGAUUGCCAUGUACAGGAAGCUGCUGGAGGGAGAGGAGAACAGGCUGUGCAACGAUGGCAUGUCCAACGUCAAUGUCUCUGUGGUAGGCAAAGGCUCCGUGGUCGGAGGCAGACCCUGCGGCUUUAGCCCCAGCAAUGGCUUGGGAGGAGGAGUGUGCGUGGUCGGAGCACCCAACAUCAUCGGAGGCAACUGUGGCUUGGGAGGAGCGAUCCUCACCAGCGGCUUCUCCUCUGGAAGCGGGAGGAUUUGCAACCCUGGAGGUGGCAACUUCAUGCCCGGGGCUGGAUCCUCCUCGGUGCGGAGAUGCGUCACCACCACGACAGUCAAAUCCUCGGGUGUGAAAUACUGAGCCCUGCCCUCAGCCCCACCAAGGAGAGCAGCGCCGUCCCCUCCCUCCAGCCCGCAGCACAGCCCCUG